AUGACCGACCAACAACUAUCUUAUCCACGUAUGCAAUGGGCUACAACAUUAGAUAUUCCCUUAAAAGAUUCUGAAGAAGUUGUUAGUAUUGAUUUGGAAAAUGAUUUACCACCAGAUCCCGAAGAUUUGAAAACCUUACUAGUGGAAGAGAACUCUGCUAAAGAACAUUGGUUAACAAUUGCCAUUUCCUACUGUAAUCAAAACAAGAUAGAGUUAGGUAUUAAAUUGAUUUUAAUGGCUUUAGAAAUUUUUCAAGGCCCUCAAUCCGUAUCCUUACAUACAUUUUUAACUUGGGGAUAUUUAAAAUUGGCCAAACAAUCUGUUAUUGUUGGUGGAUUGACCAAAAAGGAGGAAUACUUGCAACUGUCCGAAAAACAUUUGAAAGAAGCUAUCGGGUUUGAUGCUACUUGGAUUGGUAAUAUGUUAGCUACUAUUGAUAUUUAUUAUCAAAGACGUCAAUAUGAUAAAGCUUUGGAAACCGCGCAGUUGUUUUCUAAGGCUAUCGUACAACAGCAGCAGCAGCAAGGAAGUGGUAGAACUUCCAAAAAUGGAGACAGACCCAACGUACUAUUUUUAUUAUUAAAAGCCAAAUUAUUUUAUCAAAAGAAGAAUUAUGUGGCUAGUCUAAGAAUGUUCCAAGAAUUAUUAAUUUUAAAUCCGGUUUUCCACCCAGACCCUCGUAUUGGUAUUGGUCUAUGUUUCUGGCAAUUAAAAGAUUACAAGAUGGCUAUUCAAUCUUGGGAAAGAGCCUUGGAAAUUGAUGCAACAAAUAAAAAUGCUAAAAUUUUGGUUUUAUUAGGUGAAUUCCACGAUACUUUGUACUCUUCCCGAAACGAUGAAAGUUUCCGUAAUAAUUACACAAAAGCUUUGCAAGAUUUACACACAUUGUAUGUUGAGGAAGAGAAUUCUGAAGGGGCUGUUUCUCCAGUGUUGCAAUGCCUAUUACAAAGCUACUAUUAUCUAAAAGGCGAUUACAAGAAGGUUAUUGAGAUCUACACCGAAAAACUGGAUCCAAUUAAAGACCUGCUUCCUAAUGACAUUAUUUCCGACGCAUGUUUUUGGGUUGCUAGGGCUUAUUAUGCUUUAAAAGAUUUCAAGAAAUCUUUUCUUUUGUUUCAAGAAAGUUUAAGAAAAAAUGACGAUAAUCUAUUAAGUAGAUUUGGGUUGGGCCAAUCUCAACUUCAAAGUAACCUAUUGGAAGAAGGUAUUUUGACUUUUGAAAGCUUAUAUAAAAAUAAUGAAAGCGUACAAGAAUUAAAUUAUGUUUUAGGAUUGUUGUACGCGGGGAAAACUUUGAAUGAAACAAAGAACGUUGCUCCUCUUGGCACUUCUAAAAAUAUCAAACAAUAUUGGGAUAAGGCUGUUCAAUACUUGGAAAAAUAUGACAAGUUAGUGAAGGGUAAGAAAAAUCAAUUGGUUAUUUUAAACUCAUAUUUGACUUUAUCACAACUAUAUGAAAUGAUGAAUUUAUAUAAUAAGUCUUUAGAGUACUUGGAGAAAGUUGUUGAGCAACUAGAAGAAACAGGCGAGGGAAUUCCGUUGGAAAUUUAUAAUAACAUUGGUUGCUACUAUUUUGUUUUGGACGACAAGGAAAAGGCAUUAGAAUAUUUCCACAAAGCUGAAACAAUCUGCAAAAAUGGUGCUGAAGAAAUAAUAACUGUAAGGUUUAAUGAGGCACGUGUUAAUGAGGAUGUAAAUAACGUUGAUAAGGCUGAGAGUAUAUAUGAUGAUAUUUUGUCUAGUAAUCCAAAUUAUAUUGCUGCCAGAAUGCGUCAUAUUUUUGUUGAAUACUCCAAGGGUAAAGCUUUAAAGGACGCGUUUGACCAGUUGUUAACUAGAAGCCCUCAAAAUUUGGAAGUUCGUUCUCUAUAUGGUUGGUACUUGAAAAAUAUUUGUGAGGAAAAAGUUGAUAAAGAAACAGGUGAAUUGUUAGAAAGCAAGCACAACAAAGAAACUUUAACAAAGUAUGACUCCCAUGAUUUGUACGCUUUAGUGUCUUUGGGAAAUGUUUACAUCAACGUAGCUAGAAAUUAUAAGAGACAUUCUACUUCAAAUGGCCAAAAAGAGGCUGCUAAGAUAAACAGUUCAUACUUAAAAGCGAUUCAAUUAUACACCAAGGUUUUAUCUUUGGAUUCGUACAACGUUUUUGCCGCACAAGGUUUAGCUAUUUGUUAUGCGGAAUGUAAACAAUUUGGUAGAGCACUAGAUAUUUUGAGGAAGUUACGAGACUCACUAAAUGACAGGAGCGUUUUCAUGAAUUUAGGACAUUGCUUAACAGAAGUUGGAGAGUAUGUCAAGGCUGUUGAAUGUUACACUUUGGCUUUGCAGAAAGUCAGUAACUCUACGGAAAGAGCAGAUGUUCAGAAUUUGUUGGCUAGAGUUUGGUAUUUACGUGGGCUCAGGGAGAAAAACUUGGAAUAUUUGUUUAAGAGUUUGGAAUUUGUAGGAGAGGCUUUAUCAAAUGCAAUUAAAAGUGAAAAAUUUAUUAUCAAUUUAAAGUUCAACAAGACAGUUUUGCAGUUAGACAUUGCCACUCUUUUGAAAAAUCAAAAUGUUAAGGGUAGAAAAAUGCAAGAUUUGGACAAUGCUUUGAACGGGUUAGGCGGGGCUAGUGAUAUUUUAGCAGAUAUCUUGAACAAUGAGCAAAUUAUUAAAUUUUUCAACAAAGAUGAGAUUGAACAAAGAAAAAAUGUUUGUGAAACUACGUUGAAGGACGCAAUUGAAAAAUGUAUACAAGAACAAAAGGACUAUGAAAACCAGGUGACAGAAAAAAUGGCACAAGCUCGUGAAUAUUUGGCCAAUAUGGAAAAGGACAAGCAGGAGCAAUUGAGGAGGGAAGAAGAAUUGGCUAAAAUUAAAAGAGAGGAGGAAGGUAGAAAGUUCCGAGAAUUGCAAAAAGAGGCACAACAGUUGAUUCAAGAACGUGGCGACUUGAUUAGUGAUGAAGAAGGUGGUGCUUCUGGGGAAGAAAAAGAUAAUGACUUUGAAGCAGAAGGAGAUGGUAAGAAGGGGAAGAAGAGAAAAUCUACAACAAAGGAAAAAAGUGGUACAAAAAAGAGUAAAAAGAGAAAUACAAAAAGGAAAGAUGAACCUACAGACGAUGAGGAUGAAGUCGUUGGUAGAAGAAGAGCUAAAAAGGGUGCAAUUUCAAAUGAAUUCAUAGAGGAUAGUGAUGAAGCAGCUAGUGAUUUGUUAUUAGAAAAAGAUGCGGAGCAAGAACAAUCUGAUAAUAACAGUUUAUUUUCCGAUGAAGAAGAGUGA